AAAAACCCAACAAGUGACCCCAAAAAAAAAAAAAAAAAAAAAGAAACAAAAAAAAAAAGAGAAAACCUCCUUCACAAGAUAGAGCUUCCAUAUCUAAUUUCUUUAACGAUGGAAGCUACAGAAUCUUUAGGACUCAAAUCUCUAAUUAUCUCAUUUUCAUAGAAAAAUCUCUCACUUUGAAAAUCCCAACUCUCUCUCUUCUUCUUCUCUGUGUUUCUCUGACUGUCUGACUGUAUACUGGGAAAGUUAUGAAGUAUUCCAGUGUCCCAAACUCAGAAAAAUUUCAUAACAAUGGCAACAGGGAUAGAUUCUUCAACAUCGGAAGGCUGGUCCCUUUCUUGUUCACUUCUCUAGCCGCAGCCACCAUUUUUAGCUUCUUCGUUUUAUAUUCUCCAUACCCUUUUGAAUUCUUAACAAAACAAGGCCUUGAUUCUGUCCAAAACCAACAAGAUCACCAUGUAGUGCAAGAGCAACACCACCACCACCAUGAUCAGAAUAAUGUCCUGUCUAAACCUCAAGACCAACAACAACAACAACAACAACAACAACAACAACAACACCUUGAUCAGAAUAAUAUCCCUCCUAAGCCUCGAAUAAAGGAGAGUUGUGACUUGUUUAAGGGUCAAUGGGUUCCAGAACUGAGAGGGUCUUUGCUGUAUACCAAUUCAAGCUGUGCUACGAUACCGAAUUCCAAGAAUUGUUUCAGAAAUGGGAGGAUUGAUAAUGAUUUUCUUAAUUGGAGAUGGAAACCCGAUAAAUGUGAGCUCCCAAGGUUUGAUCCCAAGGCAUUUUUGGAGAUGGUUCGAGGAAAAAAGAUGGCAUUUGUUGGCGACUCUGUUUCCAGAAACCACAUGGAAUCCCUUCUCUGCCUCUUGUCACCGGUUGAGACUCCAAAAGACAUUUUUAAAGAUUCUGAAGAUCGUUUCAGGAAAUGGUACUUUCCUGGCUAUGAUUUCACCCUCAUGACCUUAUGGACUAGAUUCCUUAUAGUUGGAGAGGAGAGAAUGGUGAAUGGCACAGGGUCCAGCAUUUUUGAUCUGCAGCUUGAUAAGGUGGAUGAGAAUUGGGCUCGACACAUCCCGGAGAUACACUACGCCAUCAUCUCCGGUGGCCAUUGGUUCUUCAGGGUGAUGUACUUGCACGAAGGCAACAACUUGACAGGAUGCGUCUACUGCAGCAAGCCAAACGUGACCGAUUACAACGUUACCUUCAUUGCUCGGAUGGCUUUCCGAGCUGCAUUGAAUUACAUAAACAGCUGCAAGAACUGCAAUGGGAUGGUGACCUUAUUAAGGACAUUUGCACCAGCCCAUUUUGAGAAUGGAGCUUGGAACACAGGAGGUUACUGCAAUAGGACAAGUCCUACAGGUGAGAAAGAGAUUGAUUUAAGUAGUUUUGAUUUAGAAAUGAGGACCAUUCAAUUAGAAGAGAUUGAAAGAGUUAGAAAAGAAGAGAAACAAGGAAAGAAGUUUGGGGUUGUAGAUAUAACUAGGGCCAUGCUGAUGAGACCUGAUGGUCAUCCAGGAGCAAACUGGGGCAACAAAUGGAUGAAGGGUUAUAAUGAUUGUGUUCAUUGGUGCAUGCCAGGCCCUAUCGAUUACUGGAGCGAUUUGUUAAUGGCGGUUCUAAGAAAAGAGACAGGUUUAGAUUCAUGAUUAAACAGUCAUAGGAAUAUUAGCUAGAUUGAUAAAAUAUAUCAUAGAUUUACAUAUAUUAAUAAUGCCCUUAUAUUUUUAUUAUUAUUUUUACAUGGGCAUAUUAAUUGUUUUAAUACAAAUGAUAUAUAUAAGCAUGCCAGUGCUGUUUGCUGUUCCAAAUAAUUCGAAAAAGUGAGUUUAUUUUCGUUCAUUUUCAGAUUUUUAAUAUCUAUUGUUGUAUCUUUAUAUUGUAUGAAACAAUCAUAUUUCUCAA